GUUAAAAGUUGGCUGUAUAAAUUUACCAGAAACGGGGUUCUUCAUUCCUCACUCAUCCAAUCCCAACAAAGAACGAUAUCCGCUAUUUGUACUUCGGCAGAGGCGGGACUUCACUGCUGAGCCGGCUGAAAAAUAACUUUUCUGUUAGGAUACAACUUCAACUACUUUUGAGCAGGGCGACAGAGGAGGAAACAACCCACAGGACUAAAAAUGGACUGGUUCCACUGUAAUCAGUGCUUCACAAGGAGAGGGUCGAAGUUUGCUGUGUCCAGCUGUGGCCACAUUUGCUGUGAAGCAUGCAUUAAAUCUCAGAAGUGCAGUGUAUGUGGGGCCAGCUGCAGUUAUCUGCCCAUCACAGAUGAGAUGAAGCCACAGGAAAGGGUGUUUUUCAAGGACCCUGUGAAGCUCAUCCAGUCACGGCUGGAGCACACUUCACAGAUUGCCCUUUUUCAGCGGAGACAGAUGGAGAGAGUCACGGCACACUUCAAGCAUAAGUCUGUUGAACUGGAAAGGCAUCUGAAGGAAGUCAAUGAGCAGGGUUACAGAAGGCAACUCUCCGAGCUGAAAAGAGAAAAUGCCGACUUAAAAAAGCAGCUUUCAGAUCUGAAAAGAGAGACUGCUGAUUUGAAAAAGCCACUGUCUCAGCGGAGGGUUUCUCCAGGACAGUUUCAUAUAGAUGGCACUCAAAGGAUGUCACUACCUGUGGCUGUCACCCCUCCAGUUACCCCUCGUUCAAGAACUAUGAGUUACUUAGGCUCAGCAGAGUCUCAGGCGUGGGCCAGAGACAGAGGUCCCCAUCUACCCUCCAACACCACUCCUGGAUCCGCUACCUCUAUUUCGAGCCAUAGUUCUCUUCGUGAACACGUACUCAGAACACCGACGUCCUUUAGCACUCCUACAAGAUCUCAGCGUCAGACUCCUAAUGUCUUCCAGUUCCAGUUUAUGAGUGGAUUAUCAACACAGUCACCCAGGCGUUAAUGAAAUGGCCCCUAACAAUUGUGGGGACAUGUUUAUCGUUAAGGAGUGCUCAGCCACGUGUGUGUUUAUCAGGACCGUCACGUCUUUUUUGGAGAUACAAAUUUGUUUUUGCCCAGUAACAGUUGGCACCAAUGACUGAACGUCUUGUACAUCGCUGAGUAUACGUAUUUUAUAAUUGUUAAGUUUACAUGGAUGUCAUACUGGUGUUACCAUGUGGUUCCUCUGUUGGUGAAUUAACUAGCCACAUUGUCUUAUUGAUCAUUGGUUAAUUAAUGGUCAUUUCUGCAUAUUGUUUUUUUCUCACAACAGAGAAUAUACAUUGAUGAAAAAUAAAUUUGUCAGAAUCAGUUGGAGUCAUUACAGCACACACAAAAAACCAUUGCUUG